AGCCAACACUUUUUCCUGAUGUUUUGGACGAUAAUUUCAUUCAGUUAGCAUUUCUUCUCAAGAGACUUCUAGCACUUGAGAACUUUUCGAGGAUCGUGAAUGAGAUUUCCCUAUCAAUAAAUCGGCAUUUUAUACCUCUUGUGGGCCUAAAUCUUCCUGAAUCGAAACACGGAUUUGAUGCAAGGAUUCUCAGCAGUGAUCAUUGACAGUUCUCUUUAAUUGUCUCACUUAAGUGCCUUUGAUCUAUGUUCAUUUAGAGUAAAGGUGUUUGCCGCCGUCAGGAGACUUGUUUCGGAAGGUUGUCAGACAUUUCAAAAGUUGCAUGAAAGGAGAUCAUGCGCUCCGUGUAGUGAUACUAUCCACAGCAGAAUCGUUUAAUGGAAUUUCUUUAAUUGUUAUCGACGGAGUAGGGAGUAGUUGGUGUUAACGACACAAGUGCCCGGCGUGAGUCAGUAAGGAUGGUCCAGCGCUAUUAUUUGCCAAUAUUGCUCGUCUGAACUCCUCCACUGCGAAAGUCGUCCAGCGAGGGCACACCUUUCAUAGGAAGUACAUCCAACUGUUGUCAGUGUGGAAUCAGCCCCCGUGGAACUAUCUCCCCCUGUAGUGACAGACACCUCCAGGCCUCAUCACCAGAAAUUGUUCCUAACCUGCACCCAUCUGUUAAAGAACAAGGAACACGGUUUGGUUAAACUCCUCGAUACAGACGGUGCAUAAUAUGAGAAUGAUUGAACAGUGUGCUUAGUUUCUCACGCCUAUCAUUCUGUGUUUUUACCCGAAUGCCUACUCUUAAGUGUAAUGUUUAAUGUUAUAAUGGCUGUCAGUGUAAUGGCGGAGUUGCAUUCCGGUGGGAGUUGUGACAACGUGGCAAUGUAGGUCAUUGCUUUCUAUCAACAAUGGAUAUAUUUUCUAAUGAAAUCGAACCGUCAUAUUUUCCUUGGUUUUUAUAUAGCUCCUCUAUCCCAUACGCACAUAUAAAACUAUUCCAAGUUUCAGAGGAAAGAAUACACCUCAUCCACUGACUACUUUGUAUGAAAUAUGCAUCAUAUGUAACUCCAUACUCAAUAUAGAAGGUGACGUCAAUUUCAUUGGUUAAAAUAAGGUUUUAUUAUUUCUUUUCAUUCGGAUUUCUCCACAUGUUAAUAAUUAUGUCAAACGAAAUGGAUUGCAAUACGACCCAGACACCUCCGAAGCGUAUCAGCAAAGUGGAGAUACAAGAGUGUUACAUUACAUUGCAAUAACAAGGCCAAGUGUUGUAGACAAGUCACAUGCAUGGAAGCAAGGAUAAAGACAAUGGCCGUCAACGUGCAAGAAACUCCAUGGCGAAUUCACAUACGCUUGCUGUAUUUCACAACUGUGUGUUUAACAUUACUAAUGGCUACUGUCAUGUGGUAUGGUUACACAGAACUUCGGAAACUUCGAAGUGAUAUGCGCAACAAAAUAUCGAAAAAAGAUGUCGCGGAAUUUCGUAUAUGGCACAGACCUUUCGAGGACUUGGAAUCUCCCCCAGAAUGGAGUUACAGCGAAGAUUUCGAUAAAACAGAAUUUGAAAAUAGAAACGACGAGAGUACCCGUUCAAAACGUCAUGCUGAUCCCGAGGGGUCGGGUCUCCCAGAUGAUUUUGUUCUUAUGAACACCUAUUCAAGAAUACCGAGGGCUAAGGACCCGUUGGUGGCCUUACAUUCCUACUGUCGGGAUGCUAAGGAGUAUUGUUCUGCACAGGGACAACAAGGUCCGCCCGGCGUUCCAGGAUCAAGAGGCGAAAAAGGGGACUCGGGGGCUCCAGGUCUCCCCGGCAGAAAAGGCGACCCCGGGAUCAAAGGUGACACUCCUGACCCAGGAUUAGUAGCUGAGAAUCUUCGGAGUUACAACAGCAUGCGAGGACCCCCCGGGCCUAAAGGAGAUCAUGGGGAACCGGGGGACCUUGGUCCCAUGGGACCGCCUGGACCACACGGAAUGAAGGGAGCACAUGGUCAACCCGGAACACCCGGGAGAGAUGGUAAAGACGGACGCCUGGGAAAAUCUGGCAUUCCUGGGGAUGGCGGAGUGAAAGGGGAGAGGGGACUCCUAGGAUUUCCUGGCAAGAAAGGCGACCCAGGUCCAGUCGGUCCACAAGGCGCCUCUGGACCCAGGGGCGUAACAGGGAAGGAUGGCAUAGACGGAAUACCUGGGAUACCUGGCGAACCAGGUGUAAAUGGCACUGAUGCGAUCCCCGGUAGGCGGGGUAAAAAGGGGGACAGAGGUGAGCCGGGAAAGGAUGGGGAACGAGGAAGCGGUGGCGUCCCGGGAGUGCCCGGCCUGAAGGGCACAAAGGGGGACCAAGGCGUGAGGGGGUGGACAGGUGUGGCUGCAUCAUGCACAUGUGAGAAGGGGAACCCUGGUCAAAUGGGACCAAUGGGCCCAAAGGGAUUUAAAGGAAGCCGUGGCAGUGAUGGUAUAUGUCCGGCCCGAUGCAUCGGCAAAUCAACUACAGCGGCGACAACGUUAGCAACAACAACGACCACAACGCCUAUCCCAUCAUUGCCACCAAGGAAAAGUAGUUGUUCAUUGCGAGUAAUUGGUAAACCUUUGUUCAAAUCAAACAAAGCCCACGAAUGGGGUGCUUGGAUGUAUGACACCGCCCCGACUACCCCAGCUGAUGCAAACGCCAUAUGGGUUACGUAUAACUAUACCGGGAACAAGGUAUACAAAUACCAGAAUGAUCAUGCAUUUCGGAAUAAUAAUCCUAUGGACAUCGCCGACUUGGGAAUAACCAGGUUCUUUGGUACCGGCCACGUGGUGUAUAGCGGCUACUUAUACUACCAUGUAAGAGGAGGAAACCAAAUCGUCAAGUUUGACCUUGGACAGAAAAUUAUAAAAGAACUCGGGUCAAUCAAAUUCUCUGCACACUCACAUGAAAUGUAUUUAUAUUCCUCCAAGCGGAAUUAUUACGAUUUUGCUGUUGACAAAAAUGGACUGUGGGUUGUUUAUGGAAAGGACGCUGAUGAUUCUUUGGUUCAUAUUGCAAUGCUUAACCCCAAUACACUGAAAAUAACAAAGUCAAUCAAUGUGGGUGUGCGGUCAGGUUACUAUGGUAACAGUUUUGUGAUAUGUGGUGUUUUGUACUUUAUACGAGAUACAAGCGUAACCAUCACGCAGGUUGUUUAUGCGUUUGACAUAUACAAAGAAAAGGGGAAGAACGCUAAUGUACGUUUUAUAAACCCAUACGGACAUAAUAACAUGGUGUCCUUCAACCCGCAACGUCAACGCAUUUUCGGCUGGGACAAUGGCAAACAGGUUGAAUACCCCAUGUUGCUAAAAUGAACCUACGCAAUGUCAUUGCAGCAGGCGAUGGGAUCGUCCACACAUGACUGUCGACUUGCCGACAGCAUUGCAUAUCUGUGAACAUGUCCACAGUCACCUCUGGAUCGAAUAUCAGAAAUAUUAUGACCGUUGCAUUUUGCCAAAUUAAGCAUGAUAAUGAUAAUAGUAAUAUAACAUGAGGCAUGAUGUGUGUGCUACACAGAUGUGUGUGUAUGUGUGGUUUCAUGGUGUCGCCAAAGACCAUUACCCUGAUCAUAUUAUUAUGAACUAUUGAAGGGGAAGGGAAUUUGGAAAUGAAUCACAAACUCAUGUCUGUUUUCAUGCCUGCAUGACUUUUUAUUAUUUUGGAUCCGUCAUGGGUACAUUAAAUGCCUUGUUUAUUCAGUGAAAGAUGUGAAACACUUAGCCGAGGCGGAAUUGGAAAUGAUUUUGUGUGAUGGCUUGGUCAGAAUGGUGCAUUGCAUUAAUGCACACAGUAUGUAUUUCAGGUGUGUUUAACAUGUAUUAAGCGUUAUGUAGAGCAGUGAGCGUAUUUCGUCAUACACGCCACAGUAGUACCGUUAAGGUGUAUUAUCGAAAUUCCCUUUUUCAGCUAUUCAUCUAUUCGUUUUCAUCACCUUUUGGGACAAUCAUUCGUUUGUUACCAGCUAGGAAAGAGUACAACAUGAUUCCAUGCUAUGCAUGUUAUGCGACCUAAUAAGUGUAUAAUGCUGAAGUAUCGGCAUAUGCAAAUUGUGUCUUAUCUCAGUGCAAUCCAUUAUCGUAUUAUCAGAUUACCAUGUCAUUGUGCUGAGAUGCAUUAGGAAUAUUAGGAUGAUGUUAUGCACACUAUUAUUUUAAGGUAUAUUUGUUUGUUUCACAUUGUGUGUUGAUUGCAGUGAUCGAUAUGGUGAUAUCUUUCUUUCCACACAGUGCUAAACCCCGCUAAUCCGGACUGUCUUUUCCCAGUGUCCGGAUUGCCAAAUGUCCUUAUUAAGGAAUCAUAAGUAUGGAGCCCUUUUCCUAUGUGGGGUGAGGUGAAAUGGGGCUUAACGUCGCGUGCAAGAUUAUUGCACCUGUAUCGACUUGCAUGCGCAAGAGAGAGAGAGAGAGA